CUAGCUAUCAGCCCCUAUGAAACCGUCAAAUGAUGAUUUUUCUUAGACAUUGGGACAUAUUUAUAUAUAAUUUAUCUUCAAUGGCUACCCUGCCAGAUGUUUGAUCGAUUGCACUAACCAUCAGUCUGGGUUUUUUUAAAGAUCGCUUUAGAAAGGAUAUCACUGACAGUUGACAGUCACUCAAAUAAUAAUGAAAAACACCACGGAAUAAUUCCAAGUUACUAUUUUUUACUCUCUACAUUACAACCAUGCCCUACAGGAGACGCGUACCCGAGUUUCAGGCCAUUAUCAUGGCUGGCUACGGCAAUGGACUCUAUCCAUUGACUGAGGAGAACAACAUGCCAAAGGCGCUCUUACCAGUUGUAAAUCAGCCCAUGAUCUCAUACCAACUUGCUUGGCUUGAAUCCUCAGGAGUUACAGAUGUCAUUGUUGUGAGCCUGAAUUCGGGAUCAAAGAAGCUCGGGCAUUACCUGGAUAGAGUUUAUGAGGGGCAGCUACACAUCACUUUGGAAGUAGUGGACGACAAUACAGGAACUGCGGACGCAUUAGCCUCGAUCAAGGAUAAAAUCAACACUGAUUUCAUUGUCAUCAGCUGCGAUCUCUUGACAGCUCUUAUACCCCAUCAAUUCUUGGACAUGCAUCGCUCAGAGGACCCCACGGUAACAGCCUUGUUCUUCGAGCCCAACAAAGGAGAAGGUGGACCUACAGGAUCAACCAAGGUCAAGGAGGUCACUCAAUAUGUUGGAAUUGAUGCAGUAAACUCGCAGCUUAUCUAUCUGAACAAUUCUGAUGAUAUGCACUCAGAUGAAUUUUCAUUAAGGAUUUCAUUAUUGGAAAAGCACCCUGUUAUGAACAUCAGCCGACUUUUGCAGGACGCCCAUCUUUAUGUUUUUAAACGGUGGGUCAUUGACUUAAUUGCUGAAGUGUCCAACAAAAGGACCAUGGCAAGCAUUAAGGAGCAUGUCUUACCAUUAUUGGUCAAGUCCCAACAUCAGCGUGUUUUGGCAGAUCGGGAAGGUGUUACUAGAGCGGUCGAGGCAGCAGCUGCCGCUAACUCAAGCACGCAAAAGUUAGCGCUUGAGCUGUCGACAACUCAGCUCCCAGUGAGUCAGAAUAAUGUAGAUGGUGAGUGGAAGAGCCCUGUGAAUUGCAAGGCAUUUGUCAUUCCAAAGGAGAUCUACUGUGGUCGUGCCAACACUAUUCCUAACUACUUUGAGAUCAAUCGCUACUAUACAAAGAUCACGGACAAGGCUAGGAACCCAGGAGCAACAAGCCAGGUCCAAACUCAAGUUGGUGCUGACUCUUUAAUUGGCGAUGAUACCAAAAUUGGAGAGCGCUCCUCAGUCAAAAAAUCGACGAUUGGUUCACACAUUACGAUCGGCAAGAAUGUGAAGAUCGUGAACUCGAUUGUGAUGGAUCACGCAAUCAUUGAAGAUAACGUCAAGGUUGAGGGAUGCAUUAUCUGCUCAGGGAGCAAAGUCUGCGAGAAGUCCAUGCUUAAGGAUUGCGAGGUUGGUGGUGGCUUUAGGGUAGAGAAAGAAACCACGGCAAGGAAUGAACAACUCGUGGACUUCCAGGAACAAUAGAAUCAAAUCAAGAGGGAAAUGUCAGAACCAAUAAGGAGGCAGCGAAUGUAGACAUUUAAUAAACAAACCUUUUUAAUUCAGCCGGUGAU